AUGACGGCCGACGACCAGCACUUUCUUGACGUGCUCGCCGGCAUUUCGAGCGACAUUCGCAAAUUCACCGGCGAGGUCGCUGAUGCCACAGACCGUCACUUUGAAUCCGUAGCUUCUACAAUCCGGGAGACGUUAGCUACCACCACAUGGCUUCCCGCAUCCGCCCGUCCGUCCCCGCCGUCUCGAGUAAUCCAGAAAACGCCUGCGGGCUUCCUUCAGCGCGUGCAGGACUGGGUUUCGCGUAACCGUGCCAUCACCGCUGCCGUAAUUGCUUUUGUAGGCACGGGCGCCAUCGUGAUGUAUCAACAGAAGAAAUCGUAUACGAGGAAGCGCAGGGCGAGGCGCGCCAGCAACGGCGCACGGAGAGAAGUCAUCGUCAUAGCCGGGCCGCCGAACUCGCCGAUUACGAAGUCGCUCGCGCUGGAUCUCGAGCGCCGUGGCUUCAUUGUAUACGUGGUGGUGAACUCACCGGAAGAGGAGCAGAUCGUGCGCGACGAGUCGAGAGUGGAUAUUCGACCUCUCCUAUUGGACAUCGUUGACCCACUCAACGCUCAGUACACUAUUGAACGCUUCAACAACACGCUGCUGAGCCCUCACCAUGCAUUCCCAGGGGCUUCAGCGCAUAAUCUUAACUUUGCAGGUUUGGUGCUGGUACCGGACCUCAUCUACCCCUCAGGGCCUGUGGAGACAAUUUCUCCGGAAUAUUGGUCGGACGCCCUGAACGCCAAGGUGCUCAAUACCGUCGCGACGACCCAAGCGUUCCUGCCAGUCGUGUGCCAGUUCAAGGCGCGGAUGCUGCUGCUGACGCCGAAUGUGGUGUCGUCGCUGCGGCCGCCGUUCCACGGGGUGGAGAGCACCGUGGUGGGCGCGCUGGAGGGAUUCGCGGCAUCCCUGAGCGGUGAGCUGAGCACGAUCGGUAUCGACCUGUGUCACAUAAAGCUCGGGACAUUCGACUGCAGCAGUGUCGGCAACAAGCAGUACCUGCAGAGCAUCCGCGACCGACAGACAGACGCAUGGCCGGCGGGAGCGCGGGCGCUGUACGCGGACAACUACGUGACACAGAGCCGGAUUGCGCGCAGCAGAGGGCUGUUCCCAGAGAACGGCAGCACGGCUAAGGGCAGCCACCUGCGCGAGCUGCACAAUGCGGUCUUCGAUGCACUGACCCGCAAGCGGCCGCAGAAGGUGUGGAGGGUUGGUAGGGGCAGCGUGGCGUACGAUAUAGUUGGUAGCUGGGUGCCGGGCGGGCUGGUCAGGUGGAUGCUUGGGAUCCGACCAGGGGGACAGGCGGCGGCAGAGCCACAGCUAAUGGACAGCGUGCAGGCGUGGGAGAAAGUUGAGGCCUCGGGCUAG